AAACGUUGUCCGGAUCUCUCAUGCAGCCUAUCGUUGGAUAGGUAAUCAAAAUACCUUUUAAACGCGUCCAAGACAUUGAAGAUCUGACAACCCUAUCAAAAGUUAUAAGCACUUAAGUGUUAUUUAUGCACUUUUUUUAGGCCGGAUCUCAGAUAUUUUGAUGAAAACGUUGUCCGGAUCUCUCAUGCAGCCUAUCGUUGGAUAGGUAAUCAAAAGACCUUUCAAACGCGUCCAAGACAUUGAAGAUCUGACAACCCUAUCAAAAGUUAUAAGCACUUAAGUGUUAUUUACGCACUUUUUGGAGACCAGAUCGCAUGAUCAUCUCAUCUUAUCUCAUAACAUUUAUGCGACCUAUCUUUGGAUAGGUAAUUUAAAAAUCUUUUCAACGAGCACGAAUUGGACUGUUUUGUGUCUAUUUUGGAUAGUACCCUUUAAAUGUGAGGAAGGCGCCAACCACCUAAGGGUGGAUUAAGUAACGUUUUAUUAUUUAUAUUUGCAUUUAUCUUGGUUCCUCUUUCCAUGAAUCUUCAACAACUUUUUUUUUACUCUUGGGUGUUUUUGAGUCUACCUUUCUAAUAGGCGUAUUCAAAACACACCUAAGAAGCAAAAGAAAAAGGUUUAUUAGGCCUUUACAAAAAAACUUCACACAUUGCUAUUUUAUCCAACGCAGUCCAUUUCCGAUUUCCGGAAACGCUUAUCGCAUAUAUUUGAAUAUAUUUAAUAUAUAAAUUAUAGUUGUCUGUGAAUAAGCUAACUGCAUAAACGCAUUAUAAAUUUCAAUGUCAUGAUUACCGAUCUGAUCGUUCUGAAUCGAAGGUAAUCAAUAAUCAAGUUACAUCGCUGCAAAUCAGUUGAACAUCGCUCGUAUAGUGGAUUAGUAUAGUUUUUAAUUUCCUGAACAAAAUUUUAUUAUGGACUCAAAAAUAAUUCUCAUUGGUGCCGGAUCAGCGGGAAUCGCUGCAGCUUCACGACUUUACACUAAAGGAUUUCAAAACUUGGAAAUUCUGGAAGCAACGAACCGCAUUGGGGGACGCAUCAACACGAUUCGGUUUGGAGCCAACGUGGUCGAUUUGGGUGGCCAGUGGUGCCACGGAGAGAGGGGGAACGUUGUGUACGAACUGGCCGGUCCGUUGAGGCUUUUGGAACCAUCUUUUACGUUUGAAAAAGUUGUCCUGAUUAGGAGCAACGGUGAGCAGGUUCCGCAGAACAUCAGCGAUCGAAUGAUGAAGGUCGGCGAGCAAAUUAUGAAAUCCAAAGCAAUUGUGAGAUUCAAGGGUACACUGGGAGAGUACUUUGUUGAACGAUUCUUGAAUGAGAUGAAUGUUCCAGAAAAUUAUGAUAUUGAUGAGAAAUUGGUUCUGAAAUUUUUGGCUUGCUUUCAUAACGAUCUACGUGAGAUAUUUGCGAUUGACUCGUGGUAUGAGCUUACAGCUGCCGGAAGUGCAGCAUUUAAAGAGUGUGAAGGGUACCAGGAGCUCGGUUGGAAGGGGAAAGGAUAUAAGAGUGUACUAGAAUUGCUUAUGCGGAGACAUCCAGCCCAAAACGACGUUCCGAUUCCGGUGGAAAAAUUCACCAAAUUCAACAAAUUUGUCACCAACAUCAGCUGGUACAACGGCCCAGAUCGUCCCCUGGUCGUAACAUGCGCAGACGGUACGCAGCACGAGGCUGCCCACGUGAUCGUGACCAGCUCGAUCGGUGUCCUCAAGGAGAAUCUACGAACCAUGUUCACUCCCCAGUUGCCGAUGGCCAAACAGAAAGCCAUCAAGGGAAUCUACCUGGGCACGGUGAACAAGAUCAUCAUGGAGUUUGGCAAGCCAUUUUGGAAGUCUUUGGGCAACGUGUUCGGGCUGAUGUGGGAGCACGAGGACCUGGAACAGUUGCGACACUCUAAAUUCGCCUGGACCGAAGGUGUUUCGAUGUUCCUUAAGGUAGACCGUCAACCGAACCUCCUGGUUGCGUGGAUGAUUGGCACGGAAGGACGGCAAGCGGAACAGCUGCCCGAUAAGGAGAUUGUUGACGGCAUGAUGUUUCUCCUGAAGAAGUUUUUCAAAAAUAAAGUCGUGGAGAGACCAAUCAGGAUGAUCAGAUCAAAAUGGUCCAGCGAUAAGAACUUCCGGGGGUCCUACUCGAGCCGAUCGUUGACCACGGAAGCCCUCAAGACGGGACACGAUAAAAUGGCGGUACCGGUGAAGAAUUCCGAUGGCAAGCCGGUGCUGAUGUUUGCCGGUGAAGCCACCAGUGAGGAGUACUUUGGGACGGUUCACGGGGCCAUAGCGAGUGGGUGGCGCGAAGCCGAUCGGAUCGUUGAGUACUAUGAGGAAUAGUGUUUUCUUUUUCAACUAAAUACUUCAGAAAAUUGCAAUGUCCGUCGUCUGCUCACUACUCUACACAGAAAAAAAGUUGAAUUUUGGAAUGUUGAAAAUUUGGUAGGUUUAAUAUUACCUCUUUUUUGAGUAAUAUUACAUAAAAAAAGUGUAAAAUGUAAACCUGAUGAAUAUUCAUCAAAAACUGAUGAAUAUUCAUCAUUUUCUGGGGUAAAAUUAAUCUUUUUUUUUGCCUCAAAAUCUGUCACCAUUUCCUGAUGAAUAUUACCAUCAUUUUUUUUUCUGUGUUCUUGUGCCCUUAUUUUCAGUCUGCUGAUCAAUAAAUCUGACCCAACUUUACUUAAAAACCGUCAACAAGCUUAUUAUCUUUAAAAAAAAUAGCUACAAGGAAGUUAAAAAAACUUCUCUUCAAUUUACACAGAACAAAAACUUUGAAUUUUGGAAGGAUGAUAAUUUGGUUGGUUGAAUAUUACCUUUGCUUUGAGUAAUUUUACCUAAAAAAUGUGUAGAAAUGUGAACCUGAUGAAACAAGAUCUGUCAUCAUAUCCUGAUGAAUAUUAGAAUAAUUUUUGCUGUGAAUUGGCUUGCAGGCCUUAAUUGGUAAACAUUUAUUAGCGAUUGAUCACAUUUAUCACAUUGCCAGAGGGGAAAAACUUGAUGAAGUUUCUCUAAGAGUCGGUCAACAACCGGGCGUCUCCUUUAAAGCAUACAGUCAAAAAAUCGAUGGAAACGCAUAGUACUUUAACAUUUCGAUGCUCGUGUGCUCUCUUGUACUAUGUAUUUAGAUAGGAAUUCCAGCAAGCUUAGCAAAACAGAGCACACGGGCAUCGAUUUGUUUGCAAAAUCUACUGUCUUCAUUUCGAUGUGAUCGUGCUAUCUUGUCGCACGUUGACGUUCCGAACAAAACGUGUUUUGAUGAAUAAUCAAGUAACAAUAGCAUGCAGUGUAAAUAAGAACAAGGUAUGGUGGAAGCAAAAUAUUAUAAAUCAAAAACACCCAUGUGAGAUUUUUACGUAGAAUGUUGUGUUUCACCUUCCUGAUUAGGGACCAUCCAUAAACCACGUGGGGGUUGGCGAUUGUCCACGCUCCAUACAAAAAUAUUUCAAUUGUAUGGAAAUUGUCCACGAUGGGGGGGGGGGGGGUUUGAAACUUUAAAAAAGUGUCCACGUGGUUUAUGGAUGGUCCCUUAAGAUUAUGUUCGAUUCAAAAUAUUCUAUCGGUGGAAAUUGCGAUUUUAGAAAAAAAAAAUGUGUUUUCCCAUAUAAAUUAUGAAGUACCAAAGGAGGAGGCGCAUGGUGGUUCAAGUAAUUUCUAAUAAUAAAUUUAAUGGAUGUCGUAUUUCAAAAUGUGUUUUUUUAUUAAAUGGAUUUAAUUUUUUUUAAUACCAGGCGUCUCCAUUAGUAUGAAAAAAAAAUAUUUCUGAAAAUAAAAGCAAUUUUCACCGAUAGAAUAUUUUGAAUCAAACAUAUUUUGAAUCAGGAAGGUGAAACACAAAUUUCUAUGCAUAAAUCUCCCGCGGGUGUUCUCGAUUUAUAACAUUUUACUUCCUCCAUGCCGUGAAGAACAAACAAAUGAUCAUUCCGUGCAAUGUUCUUAAUUAGGUUGCCGGUUGCCCGAGUUACUUCAAAAAAUGUAUGCAGUAGGGUACAGCAAAAAACUGUAAGAAAGGCAAAAAUAUAUUAGGGAUAGCUCCUGUUCGAUUCCUAUAAGGAA